AUGGAGUACGACCCAGAGAUCGGCCACCGGCCAGCCGGCCAUCAUAUCGACGAGAAAGACCCCGUGGCCAAUGUUUCUGACGACACUUCUGCGGAGCUGGCCACUGGACCGUCGAGCGGGCUGCUGUUUCGUCUCCGCAGGCUCGAGGCGCACAUGGACAAGAAGCUGGGAAUCGAAUCCGAGGCCAUCAACCGCAAGCUGGAGCAGGACAAGAAGCCCGUGCCAUGGUACGAGGAGCUGACAAUGGCCCUGCUCUGGGCCAGCGGAACGAUGAACACGUCCUGCUUUGCAACGGGCUUCCUGGGCGCCCAGUUUGGCCUGAGCCUCAAGCAGGCCAUUGUGGUCACCAUCUUUGCCUCGAUUCUGGGUGGCGCCAUCACCGGCUACUGUGCGACGUUUGGAGCCGCGACCGGACUGCGGCAGAUCAGCGUGAGCCGGUACAGCUUUGGCUGGUGGCCGAACAAGGUCAUUGCGCUGCUCAACAGUAUCCAGCAGAUGGGCUGGGCGGCAGUUUCGUGUAUCACCGGUGGCCUGGCCCUCACAGCCGUGUCUGACGGCCAUGUCUCACUCAUCCUCGGUAUCGUCAUUCUGGCUGUUGUUGCGCUGGUCAUAUCAUUCAUCGGCUUGAAUGCCAUUCUGGUGUAUGAGAGAUAUGCCUGGAUCAUCUUUUUCGUCAUCUUCCUCAUCAUCUUUGGCGAAACUGGUAAAUACGCAGACAACUCUUCGCCUCCGACUGCCACUGGAUCGACGCUUUCCGGUGCUGUCCUCAGCUUGUUGGCCAUUGUGUAUGGCUCAAGUGCUUCCUGGUGCACCAUGGUCAGCGACUACUAUGUUCACUAUCCGGCCAAUGUCAGCCGGCUCAAGGUCUUCCUCAUGACGACCUUUGGCAUUGCGAUUCCCACGUCCAUCGGUAUGGUUGCUGGCUGUGUCGUAGCCUCAGCUCUCGGCUCCAAACCUGACUGGGCGACUGCGUACGAGGAAGGCCUGGGCUAUCUGAUCCAAACGAUGCUCUACCCGAGGGGAUUCGCCAAGUUCCUGCUUACUCUGCUCGUGCUGUCUGGCAUCAACACCAACGUCAUUAGCAUUUACAGUGCAGCCAUUUCGUUUCAGCAACUAUCACGGCCUUUUGCCCUCGUCCCCCGAUUUAUCUGGACCAUCUUCUGCUUUCUCUGCAUUCUCGCUUUAGCUCUCGGUGGUAGAGAGCAGCUGAAUGCUUACCUGCAGAACUUUUUGAGUCUCCUUGGAUACUGGUGCACGAGCUACGGCGUCAUCUUGUUCCAGGAGCACUUCAUCUUCCGGAAAGGCGACUUCGCCAACUACGACCUGGAGGGCUGGAAUGACCCUGCACGACUGCCCGUGGGCAUUGGAGCCUCUGUCGCUUUUCUGCUUGGUGUCAUUUGCUGGUGCAUGGGCAUGGAUGAGACGUGGUUCGUUGGGCCUCUUGCGAAGCUUAUUGGCGUAUAUGGUGGCGAUGUUGCCAACGAGUUUACCUUUGUUGUGACGGCAAUCACGUACGCACCGGCGAGAUAUCUUGAGCUCAAGUAUAUCGGGAGGUAA